CAAAGAGCAGCAGAGGGAGAGAGAGUCAUAAAUGCAAUAAUUACAGCUUAGGUAGAAAUAAGCAAAGCACUCUGCUCUCACUGGCUACCAGCGUCGCUUUAGCACAGGACGGAGUACAACACUGACUUUCCCCUUUGACUCCUUCUUGGGAAUUCUUUGGGUUUUCUGUUGACUUCAAGCAGGAUGGAUUUGCUGUUAGAUUUCGGCUGAGUAGGAUGGAUUAUUCCCACCCGCUUUCUUCAUGAGUUUCUUUACCGCCAUUGAAAACAAGGACCGGGACUCUUUCACCAUGUCUGUGGCUGCCCUGUUUCGGGGCAAGUGGGGGACAAAAUCCCAGGAAAGCCCUGACAAGCACCACUCCACCCUGACGCAGCCCGGCCACCAUGAGUACUACGAUGAUGAUGAUGAAGAUGACUCCAAGGUAGGCCUGAGCCGAGAGCCGAUUCGCAGGAACUCGCGCUUUUACCGCUCAAUGAGGAAGAAGAGGAUGGCCUCAGCUGAGCAGUCUGACAGUUCUCCCAGGACUGGCAUGGACACUAGCUCAUCAUCGACAUCACCAAAUUACUUUUCCGUGGCUUCAUCGCCGCAUAAAUCACCGGAGUCGCCUGCGGUUGGACGGCCUGCGUUGCCAAGCAAUGGUGAGGCCAGCAGCAGAUAUUAUGCUCUGUACAGCAAGGAUGCUGUGAAUAAGGGAAGAGGAGGUGUGGGAGGAGGGACUGUGGACAUAUCCGCUGCUUCCCACAACCACAACAGCGCCUCGGUAGCCGACGACAUCUUAUACCAGACUCACAGCAUUCGCAGCAGGGACAUUAAACAGCUGUCUGAGCAAACCACUGCAGCCUGCACUGUGCGCGACGUCGGAAGGACCAUGAGUUCGGGAAGGCCCAGCCCAGAGGGAGCUGACCGGGAUAGCUUCAACCACAGGCUGCUGAGCAAUGGUGACAACUCCAAGACCAUCAGUCACCUCAACAUUGUCAAAAACACGGCUGUCAUGUACCAGGAAUACAGAGAUACGUCUAAGAAGCAGGAGAUCGAGCAAAGACGCCAGCUUGAGAAUCUCUCUCCUGGGACCACGUCCAAUGUCUCGUCGGCACCAGUGUUCCAGCUACAGCUGAGGAACAAUGCUCGUUCACUGAGCCUGUGGCAGAACUUAGAAGUGGUGCAGGCCAGUGGAUUGCUGGCCCAGUUGCCACAGAAAGAAAUUAUAAUGCAAGAGGCCAUGUUUGAGCUCAUUACGUCCGAGGCUUCGUACUACAAGAGUCUGGAAUUUCUAGAAAAUCACUUCCUUCAUAACCCAGAGUUAAUAACCACUCUCAGCCAAUCUGAUAUGCACUUUCUCUUCUCCAACAUCCAGGAAGUCAUGAAAGCCAGUGAACGGUUCCUGAUGGAUCUGGAACACAGAAUUGAGGAGUCUAUUUUGAUUUCGGAUGUGUGUGACAUUGUUUACAACAAUGCUAUUGAGCACUUCAACGUCUUCGUCAAAUACGUCAUCAACCAGGUCUACCAGGAGAAAAACUACAGACGAAUUCUGGAGGGAAACCAGGCUUUUCGGGAGACCAUGGCAAAAUUGGAGAGACAUCCAUGUGUUAGAGGAUUGUCCUUUACGUCAUUCCUCAUCCUACCCUUCCAGAGGAUCACCAGACUCAAGUUGCUUGUACAGAACAUCCUGAAAAAAACCGAGGAAAACUCCCAGAGGGAAGCCAACGCCAUAAAAGCACACCAGCGACUGGAGCAGAUUGUCAAAGAGUGUAACGAGGGCGUUCGAAAAAUGAGUCGCACGGAAGAGCUUAUCAGCAUUGAGAAGACGUUAGAGUUUAAAUCCAAGUCUGUGCCCAUCAUCUCCCACUCUCGCUGGUUGCUGAAGAAGGGUGAGGUGCAGCUCAUGGCAGGACCCAAGAGCACCAGGACAAUGCGAAGCCGCAAGCUCUACCAACCCGUUUUCCUCUUCCUUUUCAACAACCUGCUGCUGGUCACCAAGCCCAGCUCCAGUGGGGACAAGUUCCAGGUUCUGGACUCAUGCAUGCGGUCCAUGUUGAGGACGGAAGACCAGGAAGACCAAGGCCAGGUUCUGGCCAAUGUCUUUCAUCUUAAAUUGCUGGAGAACCAAGAAGACCGUCAAGUGGACUACAUGCUCAAGACCUCAAGCAUGAGUGAUAAACUUCGAUGGAUGUGUGCUCUGACUCCCAACCGCCGCACACGUUUCACGUCGACCAGUGCACACGAGCCAGAUUCUUUACAGGUGCAGUGUAUUCAGUCUUAUUCCUCUCAGGAGCCGGAUGAGCUUUCCAUUGAGAUGGCUGAUGUUUUGAAUCUCUUGGAGAAGACAGAUGAUGGCUGGAUGAUGGGUCAAAGGCUCCAUGAUGGCGAAAGAGGUUGGUUCCCAAGUCGACUUGUCGAGGAGAUUCAGAGUAAGGAGGUCCGAGCUCAGAACUGGAGAGAGGCAAUUAAGGUUCAAAUGGCUCAAGAGGGAGGGUCAGCCAUCCAAAGUGGAGGAAGGUUUGGCCUACGGGGGGGGAGGCCCAUCCCAAAAGCCUCCAGCAUCUUCAGUUCGUGGAAUGAUCAGAUGGGAGACAAGUAAAGCUUUGGCUUUAGGAAUCUGCAUGUGAUUUCAUUCCUGUACAACCCCUCUUGUUGUGUAGUUUUCGAACCAUGGACAGAAGAGAACUUCCUGUCUGGCUCUCAUUAUACAGUACAGCAAAGUAAAGGAUUUCAUCCCCUGGUUAUCAAUCUACAGUAUGCUGAUUUUGUACAUUUAAGCCCUGAGAAAGAUACGAACAGUCCAGAACGUUUAUGGUCGGUUUAUUGUAUCCGAGAGAGAUGACAGAGGUCAUAGUCAAUGCCCGCAACAAGACGUAUGUACAGACCCCGUGUGAAAGGGCUUGGGAGAGUGUGAGAAAUGGUGAAUAUGAAUCCAAAACAGGCUGCACGGUGGACGAGUGGUUAGCGUGCAGACCUCACAGCUAGGAGACCAGGGUUCAAUUCCACCCUUGAACUAGACAAAACUUUGUUUGAUUACUAGUAUCAACAUUUGCGUUUGGCCUUUUUGCUGGCUUUUGACUUCAUUCUUGUAAAAUUACUGCUUUUUUUCCCAUUUGCUCCUGUUGUUGUUUUUUUUCCCCAACUAUUUCAACUAUGACUUAAAUUAUCUGUAUUUUUUUCAUAAUAUUAUGUAAGAUAAUUUUUGGGUGGCACGGCGGAAAAAAGUGGUUAGCGCGCAGACCUCACAGCUAGGAGACCAGGGUUCAAUUCCGCCCUCGGCCAUCUCUGUGUGGAGUUUGCAUGUUCUUCCCCGUGCAUGCGUGGGUUUUCUUCGGGUUUCUCCCACAUUCCCAAAACAUGCUAGGUUAAUUGGCGACUCCAAAUUGUCCAUAGGUAUGAAUGUGAGUGUGAAUGGUUGUUUGUCUAUAUGUGCCCUGUGAUUGGCUGGCCACCAGUCCAGGGUGUACCCCGCCUCUUGCCCGAAGACGGCUGGGAUAGGCUCCAGCACCCCCGCGACCCUCGUGAGGAUAAACGGUAGAAAACUACUGUUAAACAUGGAGGUGGAAACGUUCUGGUUUGGGAUUGUUUUAGUCGGUCCUAGAAAUGUCUGACCUCUGCGCUUGCCAACGAGGAAUACGACACAGUUUGCUUGGGGAUCAAAUACUUGUUUGUCAUAUGUUACACUUACCAUAGGAAUUCUGGACUAUUCCUUUCUUUGGAAGAGGGUGAACUUACAAAGUCAGCAGGAAUGAAUAGAGGAUGAAGUCUUAUUAUCCUUUCUGCAUGGUAACGGACCAAUCAAAGAAACUCAAGUCACCUUGCAUGCCUCAUAAAUGUGCAAUGGAGGGGUUUUGUUAUGUAUGCCCCCUUUACUGUGGUGCGUAAUAAAUGAAGACAAACAGCUUUUUGUGGGGGGUGCAAUGGCAGAUACCCCUACAUGUUGUUCCUAUUUUUGUGCAGAUAAUGUAAAUGUUCCUCAGAUGCAUGGACAAGGUUUAUCGUGUUCAUUCAUUUCAUUGUAAAAAUACAUCCAAACCACUGAUAAUGUGUUUAUGGCUGCUUAAAGAACAAGUCAACCAAACGUUACUUGACCCAAACAUGUGUUUUGGUUGUAUGACUCAGUGACUACAACAAGGACUGUUGUUGGAUUGAUGGUCAGUUAUUGAAAAUUACACCUUAAAAGUGCAGAUCCCAAAUGAUGAUGCCAUGAUACCCCACAAAUGCACUUUGGCUGUAAAAUAAACUAACUUUAAAAUGUUUGUCUAUCAUAUAAGUUAUUUUAUGAUACAAAAAUAUAGCUUAAUUUCAAUUUGGCAUACACAGUAUAGACUGUGUUGAACAACACUUUAUUACUAUCACCCCAACAGUAACUACACACCAAGAUACACAAAUCAGUGUAAAUGUAUCGAAUGUAUUAUGAAGUCUGGACAGCAUGAUUGUAUCUUUCUGUCUGUGUACAAUAAGGAAAACAUUCAAUGUUUUCACUCAGAAUGACAAAGGAAUUGUUAUUUCAUUUUUUUUAAAUAUGUAAAUUAUUGCGGACAUGAAAGUAAAAACAAUAUAA